CCCCAAAGUAGACAGUUAUCCGUCCUUUCUCCUUGGUUAGAAUUUUUUAUUCGCAGUUUCGCAUGUCCAUCGCAGUAAAUGAAUAACCUGAUUGUCGCCAGAUUAACCACAAUGGAAAGCUCAAAAGACGACUCUGCCACAAUCUCCGAUGUUUCCACGACCAAGACCGACUCAGACUCCGAGACUGAAACCGAUGAGGAAUGUCCUAGCCUUUAUGAAGAAGGUGAAAAGGUCCUCGCUUUCCACAACCAACAAAUUUACCCAGCCAAGGUCAUGAAAGCUGUUUACGAAUUUAAUAGAUGGAAGUAUUAUGUUCAUUACCCUGGUUGGAACAAAAAUUGGGAUGAAUGGGCUGGAGUGGAACGACUGAUGAAAUAUAGUGAUGAGAAUGUAGAGAAAUACCUCAACAAAAAGCAGGACUUGGAGAAAAUCACAAAGGCAGGACGUGCUUCACAGAUUAAACCGAAAAGUUCCAUCGUUGCAAGGAGCAAGAGGAGGAAAAAUAACUCUUUCAAUAAGGAAAAAGAUGUUGUACCCUUGGAAAAGCUGGUGAGUCUCCAAAUUCCGCCAAUGCUUAAGAAGCAACUUGUUGAUGAUUGUGAAUUUAUCACUCAUCUGGGCAAGCUUGUUAAACUUCCUCGUAACCCUAAUGUGGAUGACAUCAUGAAGAAAUAUCUUGAUUAUAGACUAAAGAAAGAUGGCUCGAUAUCUGAAGCAGUUGGAGAAAUUACAAAAGGUUUAUGUUCUUACUUCAAUAAGGCAUUACCAGUGAUGCUUCUGUACAAAAAUGAGCGCAAACAAUAUGCCGAAGCAAUUAAAGAUGAUGUCUCUUCCUCAACUGUAUAUGGUGCUGAGCAUCUAUUACGCCUGUUUGUUAAGUUGCCGGAGUUAUUAGCAUAUGCAAACAUUGAAGACGAUACACUGAACGAGUUGCAGCAAAAAUUAGUUGACUUUCUCAACCGCUCUUAUGCAGGUUUCUGCAGAAAAAUCAGAGUGCAUUUUUCCUAUCUACUUACCAUGUACUGGAAGAUACUGAAACAAGCACGACCAGACAAGAUGAUUAGGUGGUAUUGUAAAGGCAGGAGUUUGCACAUAAUAUAUACCAUAGACUUACAUCUUUAGGCAUAUUUCCUCUAAUCAUUUCGAUCGAUCUCCUUUCUAGGUCAAAGAAAUUUGGAAUUCAGUACGAUUUGCCAUGCACCUUAAAAUCUUUUUGAGUGAGAACCAAAUAGUUGAUUGUUGAAACCAUGAAGAAAAGCUACAAUAGGAAUUGUAAAUUGCCAAACUAGAGCUUUUCAAAGCUUUUCUGUUGCUCGUUUCCUUUUAUUUCUCUUCUCCCAUAUAAGGUUUGCCAUCUGGUUUAUGCUUGAA